CAUGGCUCCGCCGCGCUCGCGCGCGUACAUGACAGCAGCGCAAGUGAAUGAUGCAUCAUGACAAAGCGCUAGGAUAGCAGCCGCCUAUCCUAGAUUAAAAGUUUAAUUCAGCUAGCCAGGCCAAAAACAUGUUCCAUUUGUUGGUGUCAUUGUCCUUGUCAAGCAAGGCGUCAUUUCUGUCAUGAGAAGCUCUAGUCCUCAGGUCCGAAAUAUCUCAUGUGCAGGACUGGCCAAGGCCAAGGAGAAUGCCGCAAAUGAAGUCGUCAGCGAAUCUGAGCUCUAACCCUUAGGCAAGGUACAGAUGCUUGAAAUCAACAAUAGUGCAAACUCCGACAACAAUGUGAGGCUUUCGUGACUAAUGAUGCUCAAAAGCAAAGUGAAAAGAUGGAGCCUCCAGGCCCCAGUCACAGCGCGGCCCCCACUGCUGCGGUGGUCAUUGAGCGGCCGUCCUCUGUGAGCCCUGUGCCCGUUCCCCCCAACCUGCGCCAAAUUCUGACCCCCUCCCAAAGAGAAGUCGCGCUGCUCGAGCGGCAGGAUCGCCUCAAGAUGAAGCGCAAGGUGUUGGCCGCGAAACAGAGGAUGGACCAACUGGACGAGCAGGUGAAGGAGGUCGUCCGUGUGCGCACCCAGAAGAAGGCGAAGCUAAGCCGCCCAGCGGGGCUGCCGGACAAGAUGGGAAUACGGAUGCCGGCAGGGGCGCUGAAGGCGAUCAAGGGCGAGAAGCAGAAAGCGGAGGAAGCACGAGAGAAGCGCUUGCAGGAGCUCAUGAAGAUUUGCCUCACCAUUCUGCGCCAGAUGAUGCAGCACAAAUGGGCGUGGCCUUUCAUGGAGCCCGUCGAUGCCGUGGCUAUGAAUUUGCCAGACUACCACGAGGUAAUCAAGAAGCCGAUGGACCUGGGGACCAUCAAAGACAAGCUGGACAAGAAGGACGGCCACAGCUACCGGACACCCGAGGAGGUUGCGGCGGACGUCCGGCUAGUGUUUAGCAAUGCGAUGACGUACAAUCAGCCGGGGACGGACGUGCACAUCAUGGCGGAGGAGCUGAACAAAAAGUUCAACGAGCGGUGGCGGGCUUUGAUGGAGCACAAACUGGCGGAGGAGCACGCGCGCCGAAAACAGGAGGACGCGGACUUCAAGAACCGGGAGUCGGCCAUCAUUGCAGCGGCGGAAGAGACGGCGGCGGAGAAGCUAGCGGCAGAUGCGGAGAAGCAGGCGCAGGAACUAGAGCGGGAGCUGGACGCGCUGAAGCAGGAGGCGGCGGAGAAGUGCCGUGACAUGACGAUCGAGGAGAAGCGCGAGCUGGGGGCCAACCUGGGGAAGCUGCCGUCCGAAAAGCUGCAGCGCGUCGUGGACAUCAUCAUUGCGGACAGUCCGGUGGAAGAGGAGGAAGAGGAAGACGUGGAGGUGGACCUCGACGUGCUGCCCCCCAGCACGCUCUGGAAGCUCUACCGCUACGUCAGCAGAUGUAUGCAUCCUGAGCCGGCUGCACGAACGAACUCUGCAACCACUGCCGAUAGCCGUUCGAUUGGGGCGGUGCCCGUUGGAGGGCCGCCUAGGGGCCCUCCCAGCGGAGGCCACCCAGCCCGGUCCCUGAGCCCGGUGGUCAUGGAGAAGACGUGAGCGGGUGACCGGUUCAUCCAGCCGGCUAUCCACGAAGUUACCGUUCUGGUGUCGAGUCAAGCCCGUGUGUUUUCAAAGAUUGUUCUCGCGAGCUUAGAUUCUUGCGAGCCCAGAAUGUCAGGCCUUCUUAGCAGACCGACGAAGCGGUGUCGUGCACUUGUUCGAGGCUUGAGCGUCACUGCGGACGCAGUGACCCACGUGUUGUAGACAGUCCGGCGCCUGGCGCUUUGUACAGCCUUCGACCUUUCGAAGCGACUGUAAUGUGGACAAAGAAACUUUCCAUAAGUACAGUCGUCAAAGCUUGGGGGUUGUUUACGGUAUGUAUUGAGCACCGUCUGGGCCACAGAGACGUUCACAAUGAGAACAAUGGGCACCCUGUGCGGAUCCCAAUCGUCAACAUCCAAUGGACGUCACACGGUAAUGAUGUGCCACUGCUCAAACUGCUUCGCGUACAGAUUGAAGUACUUGGCCG